UCGACCGGGCGGGGCGCCUAGUCUACGCGGGCCUCCCCGCCCCGCCCGGAGGAAUCUGGCGGGACCGCCCGUGCGUCCCAGGUGAGGACUCCCUGGAAAGGGCCCAGCGCGGUUCCGGCGGGGGCGGGCAUCUGGGGCGAGGAGCGCCCCGCKUCGGCCCGCCAGUCCGCACACUCGCGCUCCUCCGGGCGGCAGCGACGACGCUUUAAACAGAAAAAAACUGUCUCCCUGGCCCGGGGCCAGCGUCCCAGCCCCCCUCGCCGCCGCUGCGCCUCGCUCCAGCCAGGGAAAACAACUGCUCACUUCUCCUGCGUCCUCCCCGCGCGCUCCCUGCUUCCCGGCGGCCGCGGAGAGAAGCCCGGCCAGGGGGAGGCGCGGAGCGGGCCGGCCGCCCGGCCUUCCUCUGCCCUCGCUCCUCCUCUCCGCCUCCACUUGCUCCGGUCUCCGCUCUCCGGCCUCAGUUCGGGGCCUGGCUGGGCUUCUCCCGGGCCGAGAAGUUUCUGGGCUCCCCGCAGUCCAUCCUCCAUCUCUUGGCCUCGCACUGGGCCCCCGCCCGCGCCUGCCGUCCCCUCCCUGCCCGCUCCCUCGGCUCCUCUCCCUCGCUGCCCUCUCCACCCUCGUCCCGGGCUCCCGGCUCUAGAUCCCCGCCGGCGCCGGCCCCUCCUCGCCCCCGCCCGGGCGCGCCCCCCGGGGUCAGCGGCCCCGGAUGCCCGGGCCCCGAGGGGCUGCUGGAGGCCUGGCCCCUGAGAUGCGCGGGGCGGGGGCGGCGGGGCUGCUGGCGCUGCUGCUGCUGCCACUACUGGGCCCGGGCGGCGGGGCCGAGGGGGGGCCGGCCGGCGAGCGGGGCGCCGGCGGGGGCGGGGCGCUGGCCCGCGAGCGCUUCAAGGUGGUCUUCGCGCCGGUGAUCUGCAAGCGGACCUGUCUCAAAGGCCAGUGUCGGGACAGCUGCCAGCAGGGCUCCAACAUGACGCUCAUCGGAGAGAACGGCCACAGCACCGACACACUCACGGGCUCCGGCUUCCGCGUGGUGGUGUGCCCUCUGCCCUGUAUGAACGGCGGCCAGUGCUCCUCCCGAAACCAGUGUCUGUGUCCCCCGGACUUCACCGGGCGCUUCUGCCAGGUGCCGGCUGGAGGAGCUGGCACGGCCACCGGCAGUUCAGGUCCAGGGCUGGGCCGAGCCGGAGCCCUGUCCACAGGCGCGUUACCACCCCUGGCUCCUGAGGGCGAGCCUGUGGCCAGCAAGCACGCCAUCUACGCGGUGCAGGUGAUCGCUGACCCUCCUGGGCCAGGGGAGGGGCCCCCUGCCCAGCAUGCGGCCUUCCUGGUGCCCCUCGGGCCAGGGCCAGGACAGACCUCAGCAGAAGUGCAGGCCCCGCCCCCCGUGGUGAACGUGCGUGUCCACCACCCGCCCGAGGCCUCCGUCCAAGUGCACCGCAUCGAGGGGUCCAACUCUGAAGGCCCGGCUGCGGCCCAGCUUCUGCUGCCGCACCCCAAGCCCCCGCACCCACGACCACCCACCCAAAAGCCCUUGGGCCGCUGCUUCCAGGACACSCUACCCAAGCAGCCAUGUGGCAGCAACCCCCUACCCGGCCUCACCAAGCAGGAAGACUGCUGCGGGAGCAUUGGCACCGCCUGGGGCCAGAACAAGUGCCACAAGUGCCCCCAGCUGCAGUACACAGGGGUGCAGAAGCCUGGGCCUGUCCGUGGGGAGGUGGGUGCAGACUGCCCCCAGGGCUACAAGAGGCUCAACAGCACCCAUUGCCAGGACAUCAACGAAUGUGUGAUGCCAGGCAUGUGUCGUCAUGGUGAUUGCCUCAACAACCCUGGCUCCUAUCGCUGCGUCUGCCCACCUGGCCAUAGCUUGGGCCCCUCUCGAACACAGUGCAUUGCAGACAAGCCAGAGGAGAAGAGCCUGUGUUUCCGCCUGGUGAGUCCUGAGCACCAGUGCCAGCACCCCCUGACCACACGCCUUACCCGACAGCUCUGCUGCUGCAGUGUGGGCAAGGCCUGGGGUGCGCGGUGUCAGCGCUGCCCAGCAGAUGGCACCGCUGCCUUCAAGGAGAUCUGCCCAGCUGGGAAGGGGUACCACAUCCUCACCUCCCACCAAACCCUCACCAUCCAGGGUGAAAGUGACUUUUCCCUUUUCCUGCACCCUGAUGGGCCACCCAAGCCCCAACAGCUCCCUGAGAGCCCCAGCAGGGCACCACCACCUGAGGACACAGAGGAAGACAGAGGGGUGACCACCGACCCACCAGUGAGUGAGGAGCGGUCUUUGCAGCAGAGCCACCCUACAGCCACCACCUCUCCUGCGAGACCCUAUCCAGAGCUGAUGUCCCGCCCUUCACCACCUACUAUGCGCUGGUUCCUGCCGGACUUACCCCCCUCCCGAAGUGCGGUGGAAAUCGCCCCAACUCAGGUCACAGAAACCGAUGAGUGCCGACUGAACCAAAACAUCUGUGGCCACGGAGAGUGCGUCCCGGGCCCCUCGGACUACUCCUGCCACUGUAACCCGGGCUACCGGUCGCAUCCGCAGCACCGCUACUGCGUAGACGUGAACGAAUGUGAGGCGGAGCCCUGCGGCCCGGGGAGGGGCAUCUGCAUGAACACUGGAGGCUCCUACAACUGCCACUGCAACCGAGGCUACCGCCUGCACGUGGGCGCCGGGGGGCGCUCGUGCGUGGACCUGAAUGAGUGCGCAAAACCUCAUCUGUGCGGCGACGGUGGCUUCUGCAUCAACUUUCCCGGUCACUAUAAGUGCAACUGCUACCCAGGCUACCGACUCAAAGCCUCCCGACCGCCGGUGUGCGAAGACAUUGACGAGUGUCGGGACCCUAGCUCCUGCCCCGAUGGCAAAUGCGAGAACAAACCCGGGAGCUUCAAAUGCAUUGCGUGUCAACCUGGCUACCGCAGCCAGGGGGGCGGGGCCUGCCGCGACAUCAACGAGUGCUCAGAGGGCAGUCCCUGUUCACCCGGCUGGUGCGAGAACCUUCCGGGUUCCUUCCGAUGCACCUGUGCCCAGGGUUAUACACCGGCGCCAGAUGGCCGCAGUUGCGUGGAUGUGGAUGAGUGUGAAGCUGGGGGCGUAUGUGACAAUGGCAUCUGUACCAACACACCAGGCUCCUUCCAAUGUCAGUGCCUCUCUGGCUACCAUCUGUCAAGGGACCGGAGUCACUGUGAAGACAUUGAUGAAUGUGACUUCCCUGCGGCCUGCAUUGGGGGUGACUGCAUCAACACCAAUGGCUCCUACAGAUGUCUCUGCCCCCAGGGGCAUCGUCUGGUGGGUGGCAGGAAGUGUCAAGACAUAGAUGAGUGCAGCCAGGACCCUGGCCUGUGCCUGCCCCAUGGGGCCUGUGAGAACCUGCAGGGCUCUUACGUUUGUGUUUGUGAUGAGGGCUUCACCCCCACCCAGGACCAGCAUGGCUGUGAGGAGGUGGAGCAGCCCCACCACAAGAAGGAGUGCUACCUUAACUUCGAUGACACGGUGUUCUGUGACAGCGUACUGGCCACCAACGUCACCCAGCAGGAGUGUUGUUGCUCACUGGGGGCCGGAUGGGGAGACCACUGUGAAAUCUAUCCCUGUCCAGUCUACAGCUCAGCUGAGUUCCACAGCCUUUGCCCCGACGGAAAGGGCUACACGCAGGACAACAACAUUGUCAACUAUGGCAUCCCAGCCCAUCGUGACAUCGACGAGUGCGUGUUGUUCGGGGCGGAGAUCUGCAAGGAGGGCAAGUGUGUGAACACACAGCCUGGCUACGAGUGCUACUGCAAGCAGGGCUUCUACUACGACGGGAACCUGCUGGAGUGCGUUGAUGUAGACGAAUGCUUGGACGAGUCCAACUGCAGGAACGGAGUGUGUGAGAACACACGUGGCGGCUACCGCUGCGCCUGCACGCCCCCGGCGGAGUACAGCCCCGCGCAGCGCCAGUGUCUGAACCCCGAAGAGAUGGACGUGGACGAGUGCCAGGACCCGGCAGCCUGCCGCCCUGGCCGCUGCGUCAACCUACCGGGCUCCUACCGCUGCGAGUGUCGCCCGCCCUGGGUGCCCGGGCCCACCGGCCGCGACUGCCAGCUCCCCGAGAGCCCGGCGGAGCGUUCCCCGGAGCGCCGCGACGUGUGCUGGGGCCAGCGAGGAGAGGACGGCAUGUGUGCGGGCCCUUUGGCCGGGCCUGCCCUCACUUUCGAUGACUGCUGCUGUCGCCAGGGCCGCGGCUGGGGCGCCCAGUGCCGCCCGUGCCCGCCGCGAAGCGCCGGGUCCCAAUGUCCGACAUCGCAGAGUGAGAGCAAUUCCUUCUGGGACACGAGUCCCCUGCUGUUGGGGAAGCCAUCGCGAGACGAGGACAGCUCGGAGGAGGACUCCGAUGAGUGUCGCUGUGUGAACGGCCGUUGCGUACCGCGGCCAGGCGGCGCGGUGUGCGAGUGUCCUGGUGGCUUCCAGCUGGACGCCUCUCGCGCGCGCUGCGUUGACAUCGAUGAGUGCCGAGAGCUGAACCAGCGCGGACUUCUAUGCAAGAGCGAGCGCUGCGUGAACACGAACGGCUCCUUUCGCUGCGUCUGCAAAGCGGGCUUCGCGCGCAGCCGCCAGCACGGGGCCUGUGUGCCCCAGCGCCGCCGUUGACACAACCCAUGGCCUGCAUCUCACGCUGACGGGUUUUCAUUGACAUUGGGGGUGAGCUCGGUCUCUUAUUCCUGCCUCAACUAGGGACAGGGACCCAGGAACCCUCUGGGGCCCACAGACCCCUUUCUGCACCCCUAGACCCAAGGGUGUCCAUAGUGGCCCCGUCAGGUUCACUGCAGAUACAGGUCUGCAGGGUGCUGUCGGUCUUGCUCCCCGAGGAUGAUUCGUAGACGCUGAUAAAUCAGAUCGUGCCUCUUCAGUUUACUCGCAGCUUUGAAAGCAAAUUGAUGUUCACAUCUACUGCUGGUGGGGACUGCACAGAGCAGUACCAGAUCCCAGCCACUCAGAGGGGCUAGCUGAGCCCGGGACAGGGGUGUGAAAUAGAAUUUAUUGUGGCUCUGAUUAUGUACACAUGAGAUGUGCCUGGCCAGGCCAGCCGGGCUCACAUGGUUUGUACAAUAAAUACAUCCGCGGGGCCUGCUCUCCGUGGCUGGGAGGGCUACCCCAGAAGUUCAGUCCA